GCCUCUCGGUUUGCGUCGUUGUUUCCUGUGUUGACUUCUGUUGUCUUCUUCGUUCCUUGCUCUCCCAGGUCCCGAGGCCGCCGCGCGUCUGCCGGGGAAGCAUGGCGAUGAAGGCCGUGUGUGUGCUGAAGGGCGACGGUCCGGUGCACGGCACCAUUCACUUCGAGCAGAAGGCAAGCGGUGAACCAGUUGUGGUGUCAGGACAAAUUCAAGGAUUAACUGAAGGCGAGCAUGGGUUCCACGUCCAUCAGUAUGGGGACAACACACAAGGCUGUACCAGUGCAGGACCUCAUUUUAAUCCUCACUCUAAGAAACAUGGCGGUCCAGCGGAUGAAGAGAGGCAUGUUGGAGACCUGGGCAAUGUGACUGCUGGAAAGGAUGGGGUGGCCAAUGUGUCCAUUGAAGAUCGUGUGAUCUCACUCUCAGGAGAGCAUUCCAUCAUUGGCCGUACAAUGGUGGUCCAUGAGAAACAAGACGACUUGGGCAAAGGUGGAAAUGAAGAAAGUACAAAGACUGGAAAUGCUGGAAGCCGCUUGGCUUGUGGUGUGAUUGGGAUUGCCCAGUAAACAUUCCCUAUGUGCUCUGAGUUUCCAGCUCAUCUUCUAUCCUGCUCAACUGUAGAAAAAAAUCAAACAUUAAACUGUAAUAUUAACAGA